AUGGAUUUGGGAUGUGGUGGUAGAGAUGGUGAUGGUGGACCUUGUGGUGCGUGCAAGUUUCUAAGAAGAAAGUGUGUGAAAGGAUGUUGCAUAUUUGCACCUUAUUUUGAGUCAUCAGGUCAAGGAAGUGCUCAUUUUGCUGCUAUUCACAAAGUGUUUGGUGCUAGCAAUGCAUCCAAGCUACUCACACGCAUUCCAGUUCAUAAACGUCUUGAUGCUGUUGUUACUCUCUGCUACGAGGCUCUUGCUAGGGCUACUGACCCUGUUUAUGGCUGUGUUGCUCAUAUCUUUUCUCUUCAACAACAGGUUAUGGAGUUGCAAGCUGAGUUAGCCUAUGUUCAAGCUCGUCUUUCCAUAUUGAAUCGCGUCUCUGAAGAUCCUCAGUUUCAACAGCCUCAAAGCUCUUCGAUGUCUCCAACUUUGCAUUCUUCAUUAGCUCAUCAUCUGUCAUCAUCGAAUGAUGAAGCUUCUUACAUGUCCAUGUACUUUGAUCAUCCUUUUCAACAUGAUUUAUUUCAUCCAACACCUUUUGAGUUAAGCAACGUUCAAAAUCCAUCAUACUAUUCUGAUUAUCAAGAGCUUCAUGAUUUGCCGCGAGAACUUUAG